GUGUACAGACGCGCGCGCGCGCGCACGCUCGCACACACGCACGCACGCGACUCCCGACUAUCAGUUAUAAGUGAGCGACCUUUUCCUCGCCGUGUAACGUCUCACGCACUGCGAACGCAAUAAAGCUCGCGACUCAAAACUGCACGCGCUGCUCGAGUCUAUGAGGGCUCGCGCAAGAGGAACACCUGUAGCUGUGGGCACGAACAGCGGCUUGCGGAGAUCCAUGUGGACCUCAUUAUUUUCCACCUGAAGAUUCCGCGGCGCCAUGUCGGCUUCGUGAACUUUUUGUUGUUUUUCUUCGCUCGGAGAUAUUUGAGAGAGUUGGGAGUGAGCGCCAGACUCCAGGGUGAACCUUCUCCUGAACUGGGCCAAGAAGGUAUACAAAUGCUCUCCGUCCAGCCGGACACGAAGCCAAAAGGCUGUGCCGGCUGCAACCGGAAGAUCAAGGACCGUUACCUGCUGAAGGCCCUGGACAAGUACUGGCACGAGGAUUGCCUCAAGUGUGCCUGCUGUGACUGUCGCCUGGGCGAGGUGGGCUCCACGCUCUACACCAAAGCCAACCUCAUCCUUUGCCGGCGGGACUACCUCCGGUUGUUUGGCGUGACGGGGAACUGUGCAGCUUGCAGCAAGCUCAUCCCAGCUUUCGAGAUGGUCAUGAGGGCCAAGGAGAACGUCUAUCACCUCGACUGCUUUGCCUGCCAGCUCUGUAACCAGAGGUUUUGCGUCGGAGACAAAUUCUUCCUGAAGAACAACAUGAUCCUGUGUCAGACGGACUACGAGGAAGGUCUGAUGAAGGAAGGCUAUGCCCCGCAAGUCCGCUGACCCCUGUGUGACCCUUUUCGCCUGCAGGGGGAGAGAGAGCUGAGAGAGGACCCAAAAGAGGACAUGCAAUCAAACACCAAAAGCACUAGCAUCCUCUCCAGCCCUUGUCCUUGAUAAUGUACAUAAGAUAGCCCAGUUAUGGGGCACUGCUGUACAGAAUAGCCAUAGAGACUUUUGUGCGUGGGAAAGGUGGGGUUUUAUUAAGCCCCGCCCACCAAGAUCAAAGUGACGGUGGUCAUGGACAUUGCUGUGGUUCUUUUGAAAACGACCCUGCCUCUCCCCUGUCCCACAUGGCCUUAUGGAGGCAUUUGACCCCUUGGCCUGGCACCUCAGCUACACAUACACACACACACACACACACACUCUCUCUCUCUCUCUCUCUCUCUCUCUCUCUCACACACAUACACACACACACAGACACAUACAAAACGCAGCCACUCUCCAAGACCCCUCUCCAAAUCACAGUGACCCCCAUUUCACUCCCUUCACAGGCCGAGGACCACAGAGAAGGGAAAAAAAUGAGAAAACAAUCAAGGAAUUGAUUGGUGAAAA